GCAGGGACGCAGCUGGAUGUGCGCAGGAUGUGCGCAGGAUGUGCGCAGGGACGCAGCUGGAUGUGCGCAGGAUGUGCGCGGGAUGUGCGCGGGGAUGCAGCGGGGUGAGCGCGGGUGCGGAGGGGAUCCGGGGAGAUGCGGCGGGACGAGCGCGGAGAUCCAGCGCGACGUGCGCGGGAUGUGCGCGGGGAUGGAGCGCGACGUGCGCGGGAUGUGCGCGGGGAUGCGGCGCGACGUGCGCGGGAUGAGCGCGGAGAUCCAGCGCGACGUGCGCGCCGUGUGCGCGGGGAUGGAGCGGGACGUGCGCGGGAUGUGCGCGGGCUGCGCUCGGGCGGUGCUCGGCCCCGAUCCCCCCGCUCCGCGCCCGCGGUUCUCGCCUGGCGCAGCGUCCCCGGCCCGGUCCCGGGGGGCCGCGGCGGGAUGGGCCGGGGAGGAGGCGGCGGAGCCCCCCCGGCCCUCCUGGAUCCCGCGCAGAGGCGGCGGCCGCGGCACCAAGGUCACCCCGCAAUUCCCAGGAGGCAGCGAAACGCCGGGAAAAGGCCCGGGGGGAGCGGGGCAGGAGUGAGGGGUCCGCUCCAGCCCCCCCCCCCAGCAUUUCCCUCUUCUUCCCCAUCGGAGCCGGGAUGUCCCAUCCCAAGGGAUGACAGCGCAGUUUUUGAGAAUCCGGCACAAGCAGACACGGAUCUAUUUCGGGAUUGAAGGG